AUGGCGCCCGCGUCCUUUUUCUCGAACGCGGCUUCGCCCGUAAUUCCCAUCGGCACGCCAGUGCGCGCUCCUGCUCAGGCUGUACAACAUAGCAAUGGCAACGGUACGAGCGGUCGUCAGACUGGUAACAUGUCUAGCGAGUCGGCGACAAUGUGGGCUCGCGUCGACGAGAUCUUCCGGUGCGAUCGUGAGAAGCAGCAAUUGAUUGAGGAACUCAUGACGCGCUAUGAAUACAUAACGCAGGACUAUCAACGCGUUGUCAGCCAGCAAGGCGAUCUGCCGCAGGUUCAGCAGCUAAAACAGCAGCUGGCCGCUAUGCACGGAGCUUUGGAGCGCAACCCAUUUGUGAUGGUCCUGAUUGACGGCGACGGCAUGAUCUUCGAGGACGACUUUAUUCAGAAGGGUCUAUCUGGUGGCAAACAAGCUGCAGCCGCUCUUUACCACACUAUUGUCACCUACAUCGAGCGGGAAACUAACACGAUUCCGACGACCUCACGCGUCCUAUGUCGCAUAUACGCAAACGUCAAGGGUCUUGCCGACGUCCUCGUGAGGGCUGGAAUCCUAGAGGACGCUGGUCAAUUUGAGGAGUUUGUCCGCGGUUUUACAAGCGGAAGGACGUUCUUCGAUUUUAUCGACGUAGGCCCGGGCAAAGAUCGCGCUGACGACAAAAUCAUCGAGACUUUGAAACUGUUCAUCGACGAUUUCCAUUGCCGCCAAAUCUUUUUUGGUUGCUCGCACGACAACGGCUUUGCCCGACCGCUAGAAGAAUACUUGGGUGAUGAUGUCAAGAUCUCCAAGGUGACGCUUUUGGAAGGAGUUCCCUUCGAGAAAGAGCUUCUCGGUUUGCCGUACAAGACUAAGAAGUUUGACGGCUUAUUCCGCGAGGCUAAGAUUAACGUUCUGGGUGGUCCAGCCGGAGUGGCUUCACCUGCAGUUAAGCAUUACAACGUGCUCAACGGCCUGCCAACUCGUCUGCCACCGCCCCUCACCAGCUUCGAUUCUCCGCCUCCCCGAGCAGUGUCGUUGGAUCUACCUCGUACGCCGUCGACGUCGACUCUGGACGGACUUGCGAAUGUCAACAAGACCAAGAACUGGGCUGCAUUGGCUGCUGCGCCUCCUCCACCUGUCACCGCACAACCCGUCUCUGAGUAUAGGCCUUCGAACCGCGAUGAGAUCAUUGCACGUAACCGCAUAGGACAGCGGGUUGAUCCUCCAUGCCGAGACUACGAUAAAGCUGAGGUUGAUCGGAUUAAGAAGAUCAAGAUGUGUAACGUUCAUUUCUUGCGCAAUGAGUGCGCCUUUGGAGACAAAUGCACCCAUCUUCACAACUACCAGCCAACCGAGGCCGAGAUAGCUACCCUUCGUUUAGUUGCGCGCAUGGCACCCUGCCAGAACGGAAGCGGUUGCCAGGAGAUCAAGUGCAUCUAUGGCCAUCGUUGCCCGGCUCCGCAGUCCAAGACCAAGUCGAAGGGCACCAAGAACUGCAUUUUCGGCGAGACAUGCAAGUUUCCAGAGAAUCUCCACGACAUAGAUUGCAAUGUGGUGAAGACUCUGGUCAUUCGUUAG